UAACUGGUUGUAAUGAAACGCGCGAGAAUCACGCAUAUUACACGCGUUUCGCCCGCGUUCUUAAAAGCGUGCUCCAGGUUUUGGAGAGGCGGGAAAAUCUUAAAAAAAUCAUUGACAGAAAAAACGAACGCAAUAAAAAAAUAUUUUUAUAAAUUGCCCGAAUAUUUAAAACUUGCAAAAGCUGUAACGUCGAAACUCAUAAUAAAAGAAGAUGCAAGCUUCGCGUAGAGACGAACAGGUCGUUGAAGCAGAUCUCAGCGACCAGGAAGAGGAGGAGUCCUUCUAUCUGGAUAUUGACUUGUUGCAGAAUCAUGGAAUUAAUGUCGCUGACAUUAAGAAGUUAAAGACGGCUGGAAUUUGCACUAUUAAGGGUGUUCAAAUGACAACACGGAGAAAAAUGUGUCAGAUAAAGGGAAUCUCAGAGGCGAAGAUGGAGAAGAUCAAAGAGGCGGCUGGGAAAUUGAGUACAUCUGGCUUUGUCACUGCUUUAGAGUACAGCGACUCUAGAAAAAUGUGUUUUCGCAUUGGAACUGGUAGUGAUGAACUAAACAAAUUACUUGGAGGUGGAAUUGAAAGCAUGUCAAUCACUGAAGUCUUUGGUGAAUUCAGAACUGGCAAAACCCAACUUUCGCAUACUCUUUGCGUCACGGCUCAACUUCCUGGUGCAAACGGCUAUUCUGGAGGAAAAGUUAUUUUCAUCGACACAGAGAAUACAUUUCGUCCUGAUCGUUUGAGAGAAAUUGCAGAUCGCUUCAACUUGGAUCAAAACGCGAUGUUGGACAACGUUUUGUAUUGCAGAGCCUACACUAGUGAACAUCAAUUCGAAUUACUGGACAUGGUUGCAGCGAAAUUCCAUGAAGAACCUGGAGUAUUUAAGUUACUGGUGAUCGACUCUAUUAUGGCAUUGUUCCGGGUUGAUUUCUGUGGCAGGGGAGAGCUUGCAGAUAGACAGCAAAAAUUGGCUCAAAUGUUAUCACGAUUGCAGAAGAUUUCUGAAGAAUUUAAUGUUUCUGUUUUUAUCACAAAUCAGAUGACUGCUGAUCCAGGAGCCACAAUGAGUUUUCAAGCGGAUCCGAAGAAACCAAUCGGUGGCCAUAUUCUGGCGCAUGCUUCAACCACUCGUAUCUCAUUGCGCAAGGGAAGAGGAGAGCUGCGAAUUGCAAAAAUUUACGACAGUCCUGAUUUGCCGGAGAACGAAGCAACGUUUGCAGUAACAGCUGGAGGAAUUGCUGAUGGAAAAGAAUAGCUGGUAACAAUUUAUUAACU